UGUUAAAUCGAUUCAAUAAGUCAAACAUGUAUACGCAUUUUUAUUCAUUUUUUGUUUUCGACAUCUGUACGAGCUUUGUAAACUAAACGUCUUAAAGUACUGUCUGACUUUGCCAAUUCCCAGUCAGAUCUUCUAUCCUCAUUCUUUUGAAAUAACGUCAAGGCAAGGUGUAUAUGGGGCUUACAAAAGUUCAAUUCAAUUUCGUCUUCAAAGUAAACACAUAAGAAAGAAACAAAAAUUAGAUAAAUUUGCACUAUGGCUGAGGAGAUGGAAGUUGAAGAGACGGAGGACUUCCACGAUCUGGAUUUUAACGAUGACGAGCCAUCAGGAAGUGGAGUAUGUGCUGGCCAAGCCAGGGGAGAGCGCUUUGUAGUGAAGAAGUGGGUAGCUCACGCCCUGUGGUCGUGGGACGUCGCCGUGGACAACUGCGCUAUCUGCCGCAACCACAUCAUGAACCUGUGCAUCGAGUGUCAGGCGGAUCCGAAUGCAAACCAGGACGAGUGCACUGUGGCUUGGGGCGAGUGCAACCACGCCUUUCACUACCAUUGCAUCGCGCGCUGGCUGAAGACGCGCCUUGUUUGCCCGUUGGACAACAAGGAGUGGGUUUACCAGAAGUACGGCCACUAGCUGGGGAUCUUAUAUAGACUGGGAUUGGUGUCAAGUUGUGUUUUCUUUAUGAUUUUAUGUGACUAAAUUAGAGUUGUUCUGGCUGCCGAAC